AUACGCUUUCACGAAGUAGAAGAAUAGCAGCAAAUGCCAAUGUGAAUCGUUUCUGGGAUCAAGGAGUAAUACCUUAUUAGUUCGAAGGUAAUUUCACUGGACAAGAAUAUUUAUCUAUUAGAAAAGCUAUGCAAGUUUGGGAAAAAUCAGCGUGUGUUAAAUUUGUUCCAAGGAUUCAAGACCUUCAUCCAAAAUACGUCGCUAUUGAUAAAUUAAGUUGCGGGUGUUGUUAUUAUUAUAAUUAUUACCAAACGGGCCCUCAUCGAUUGAGUUUAAACAAUGGUUGUUAUCACGUAAGAACUGUUCUACAUGAGUUAGGUCAUGUUAUUGGUUUGGAACAUGAGGACAUUCGUCCAGAUCGUGAUGAAAAUAUUAAAAUUAUUGAAGACAACAUCAAGCCUGAAUUCAUGAAUGAUUUUGAAAAAUUAUCUUCUGAUGAAAUUGACACAUUAAACCAGCCGUAUGAUCACGAAUCAAUAAUGCAUUAUCCCCAGAAAGCAUUUGCAAUAAAUAAAACUAUGAAUACACUAGUACCGAUUAACGGAAUUGACAGUCAAAUUAUUAAUAUUGUUUGUGGAGGAACUUUACUUGAUUCUUCAGGGGAUUUUGGAUCACCGAAUUAUUCAAUUAAUUCAUUUCACAGAGACUAUCAUUGUCAGUGGAGGAUUCCAGCGUCAAGUGGAGAACAAGUUGUCCUGAACAUUACAUCCUUCGAUUUAGCCGACAGUGAAGAUUGCGACAUUGAUUAUUUGCGAAUAAGAAAUGGAUAUUGGGACAAAAGCGCUUCCGCUCACUAUUGUGGUAGCCGUGCAUCGAGUAUAGUUCGGACUAAUAAUUAUAUCUUAAUUGACUAUGUCAGAAAAAGUUAUCAAACUAAUAAUACCGGUUUCACCGCGACUUACUCAAAAACAUGUACCUUUGACAUUAAAUUGAAAAGUAAUGAGAGUAUGAUUUUGGAAUCACCAAAUUUUCCAAAUAAUUAUGAACCGAAUAAAAAAUGCGGGUGGCGUUUGUCAGCCCCGCGACGUCAUUAUUUUACAAUAAAAUUCAAUUACUUUGAUAUUGAACCAAGCAAAGGAUGCAUUAAUGGUUCUAUAAAAAUGAAAGUCCUGGACAGAUUCAAAGCAUGGUUUUUACCGAGAGAAUGCGGCUCGAAAAAUAAGUCUACAGUUAUCAGAAGCAAUAAAAUUUAUAUUGAGUUUAGCAGCAAUGGAAAAAUACAAGCCGGUGGAUUCUCAGCUACUAUCUCAGCUAUAUCUUUAUGAAGUGUCAUCUUAAAAAUUAUUUCUAUUUUUAAUGCAUUAAUAAGACUAAUAAA